UCAUCCGCGGUCACACUGCAUUAUAAUUGCUAGAACGCGCAAAUCAAAAGAAAAAAAGCAGCGGAAAAUGUUUGGCGCACGUUAAAAGCAACCAAGUGAGAACCGUGCCCCGCUACAAAAGCCCCCCAGCAAAAGGCUAAUAGUGUUUUUUGUUGUGCUCCCCUACUAAAUGCGUGUGCUUCAGUUUGCUUCGCUGCCAGAGAACGUCACGUAGCAUAAAAACGCGAGAGGCCGCAUACAGUGGUAAAAAGAGGUAGAAAAAUAGUGAAAAGCGCAGAGGGCAGGAAGCCAGAAGAUAAAGCGACAGCAAAAGACACAAGAGUUGCAAAAAGUCUGCACACGCCGGACUCCAACCACAACGCAUGAAUGGGCAACACUCGACGACGCGCCCGCUGCUGCCAAAUUACAAAAAUAUUCAUUGCCCAUAUGUACAGGAGGCACGUCCCGUAGCCGGGGUUCACUUGGCCUGAAGAUUCGCUUGUAGAUUGGAUCCCACACAAGAAGAUACGACGCAGCGCAGCAUUUUAUUUAGCGCAGAAAAGUCCCAGGAUUAAGAAGAGGAAGAACCGCAAAGCGAAGUGGAAGACGAGAAACAAAAAGGACAAAGCAAGUGGCAACAGAUACAAUUCCAUUUUUUGGGCAGCAGCACGAGCAACUUAAUUGUACUACAAUACAUACAUUUUAAGCCUAGAUAGUACCUAUAUUUUAAGCCCAACUUAUACAAAAUGUGGAAUUCCGAACCAACACAUCGCCAGAAUCAGCAGCAGCAGCAACAGCAACAGCAACAGCAAUACCAGCACCAACAUCAACACAAUGGCAAUUCUACCUCGGGGGGCCAGCCCGCCAAACAGUUGGGCAUGACCUCGGCCAUCAGCCUGGCCGAGCCGAAGCCGGCGGACCUGCAGCGGACGGAGAACCUCCGCGCCUCCCUGGAGCCGUUCAACGUGUUCGAGAGCCAGGAAGAGCUGAACCACCGCAUGGAGAUCCUGGCCAAGCUCAAUACGCUGGUCAAGCAGUGGGUGAAAGAGAUGUCCGUCAGCAAGAACAUGCCAGAGUCAGCUGCCGAGAAGCUGGGCGGAAAGAUAUACACCUUCGGGUCGUAUCGCCUGGGUGUGCACCACAAGGGAGCCGAUAUCGAUGCCCUGUGCGUGGCUCCCCGCAACAUUGAGCGCGCCGACUACUUUCAGAGCUUCUUCGAGGUGCUAAAGAAGCAGCCGGAGGUCACCGAGUGUCGCUCUGUGGAAGAGGCCUUUGUGCCAGUCAUCAAAAUGAACUUUGAUGGCAUCGAAAUCGAUUUGCUGUUCGCGCGACUUUCGCUUAAAGAGAUACCCGACGACUUUGAUCUGCGCGAUGAUAAUUUGCUUCGGAAUCUGGAUCAUCGCUCGGUGCGCAGCCUCAACGGCUGCCGUGUGACGGACGAGAUCCUGGCCCUGGUGCCCAACAUUGAGAAUUUUCGCCUAGCCUUGCGCACCAUCAAGCUGUGGGCCAAGAAGCAUGGUAUUUAUUCUAAUUCGCUGGGCUACUUCGGCGGCGUCACCUGGGCCAUGCUGGUGGCCCGGACUUGCCAGCUGUACCCGAACGCUACAGCUGCCACCUUGGUGCACAAGUUCUUCUUGGUCUUUUCGCGCUGGAAGUGGCCUAAUCCGGUGCUACUCAAGCACCCCGACAACGUGAAUCUCAGAUUUCAGGUCUGGGAUCCGCGCGUCAAUGCAUCAGAUCGCUAUCAUCUAAUGCCAAUCAUAACGCCUGCAUAUCCACAACAGAAUUCCACAUUUAAUGUGUCCGAAUCCACCAAGAAGGUCAUGUUGACCGAGUUCACUCGCGGCAUGAACAUUACGGACGAGAUCAUGCUUGGCCGCGCAUCCUGGGAGCGUCUCUUCGAGGCGCCAAGCUUCUUUUACAGAUAUCGCCACUUCAUAGUGCUGUUGGUCAACUCGCAGAUGGCUGACGACCACCUGGAGUGGUGUGGACUCGUCGAGUCCAAGAUCCGCCUGCUUAUCGGCAACUUGGAGCGCAACCCUCACAUUGCUCUGGCGCACGUCAACCCCAAAUGCUUUGAACUGAAGAAGGGGGAGAGCGCAAACAACUCGCAGAACAACAGCGGCAACGAGGACGACCUGAAGCAGCCCUCGCCCAACCAGGCCUCAGUGACAUCGGCUCCCUUCUGCUCCAUGUGGUUCAUCGGUCUGGAGUUUGAGCGUUCGGAGAACCUCAACGUCGACCUCACAGAAAGCAUACAGAAUUUCACAGAGCACGUGAUCAUGCAUGGCGUCAACAUCAAGAUGCUCAAGGAGGGCAUGGCCAUCGAUGCGCGGCAUGUAAAGCGCAAGCAGCUCACCGUCUACUUGGACGCUGACUUCCUCAAACGCGAGCGCAAGUCCAUGGAGAGCCACACUAGCUUCAACAACACGCUGCUGGCCAACCGCAAGCGACUCUCCACAGAAUUGGCCCAGUCGCAGGAAGCUCUGCCGCCCGGCAGUCAGACGCAGCUAGCCAGUGGCAAUCGGGGACGGGAUAGCGGCGCCAAGAUCCACCGGCUAAGUGAAUCGCUGACGGAGGAUAAUUCGAAUGCAUCGUGCGAUUUGGGAGCUCAGACGCCCACCACACCCACUGCGGCACAAACGAAUGCACCAAGUUUUAAGACAUCUGGCAAGAACGGCUCAGAGUUGGAUACACCGGAGCAGGAGCAGCAGCAGUCGCAGGCGCAUAAUAACGGAAGCAACAGCACUGCCACGACGACGGAGGUGGCAUGUUCGUGACAACAGCCAACGCUACAUCCACCGCCGGCGCAACAGCAGCCACCGCCACCGCCACCGCCGCCACCGCUGCCACCAUCAAGUCACCAUCAUCAUCAUCAGCAUCAGAAGUUUCGGAAGAACAACAACGCGGCUGCAGCGGCAGCCUCCAAUAGUAUUUUCAAUCAGCGCUCGAUCCUGCAUGCGGCUUCGAGUCUAUCGGCGGCUCUUAGCAUAACCGGACACAAGCGCAAACAGCAGACAGCGACAAAAACCAUACAUUCGGCAAACCCGAUCAGCAGUACCCACACCCACAUCAUCCACAGCAACAACAUCAAUGGUUUUGGAGGCAGCGGCGGUGGCGGUGGCGGUGGCGUCAGCAACACCAACAACAAGAUCUGCUAUUACAUUGACGACGAUGAUGAUGAUGAUGAUGACAGCCACCAUCAUCAGCUACUACCGACGCAACCACACCAACAACCACAAACGCAGGCACUGGCCAGAGCCAUUCCCACAGUAUCAGCAGGAGCAACAGCAACUCCCACGCCAGUAUCUGUAGCAGCCCCAUCCGCUGCAUCGGCCACGACAAUUUCUUUGUAAAAAGCUAUAACACAUACCAUUUAAGGAUUAGUUAUCAUAGUUAUUCUCCCCCAUUGAUUUUCUUGGCAUUGUUGCCCAACCCAAGUGGAAUCCCAACAUAUAUUUUACACAAAGCGGUUUCGAUCACACUACACUUCAGAGUUAUGUUGAACAUUAUUCAUUCAACGAACUGACGCUAACGUUCCGUUCCG